AUGUUCGUCACUAAACAUGCGGCGGAGCUUUGCGCUCUCCUAGUCAAUGAUCUCUAUGGCGAACUUCCUUCGCGAAUCCUCGCCGCACUCUUCACAAAAGGCCGAUCAACCAUCACACAGCUUGGGCUCUACACGCAGCUGGGCCCCCGCCAAAUUCGCAAUGGUCUGGGCGUCUUGAUCCAGCAGAAUCUGUUAUACCACCACACCGAUGCCGACACCAAGCGCACUACCUAUGAAGCCAAUCCCGGCGCAUGCUAUAAUCUAGUUCGAUCUGGCAAGAUCUUGGAGAUGAUUGAGAGCCAAUACGGAAAGGCAGAGCGCGACCUCGUGCAGACUCUUCUGCUUCUUGGAUAUGCAAGGAUCGCCGAGCUGACUCACGCAUAUGUUUCCCGAGCUCCAAGAUCAAACGGGCACGCAAACGGCAAUGGUGUGAAUGGAGCUGACUCUGGUCUAAUUGAGUCCGAAGCCGAACUUCACAAUGUGCUGAGCCACUUGAUUCGAUGCGAAAUCAUUGAGACGGUUAGGCCGCAGUCUUUCCGUAAUCCAAGCGAUGUUUACCACGAAAUUGAAGCGGAGGUCACCAAGACGGCCCCUGGCGAAAAGGCAACCAAGACGAAAAUUGAUCAGCAAAGGCAGAUUAUGGAGCAAUACCGAGCGUUUAAAGAUCAACCCAAAGCUCUGAAGAGGCAGCUUGACCAGUUUGGUGGACCCGUAACCAAGCGAAGAAAGCUCGGGAAUGGAUUGGGAGAGGAGGAUAGAGCGAUGGAAGACGAUAUGCCACCUCUUAAUCCAAACGUGGUCGUCAGGGUAAAUUAUGACAAAUGUCUAGUUGAGCUGCGUAGCCAUCGUCUAGCCAGCUUCGCCAAGGACACUCUAGGAGAGGUCACCGGCGAGGUAUAUCGCACGCUGCUAGGCCUGCUUACCAUGGAUGUAUCCAGGUGCCGGGCAGACCCUUUCCUGGGGGAAGACUCAAUUGCUCAACAAGCGACAGCUACGACGAUGGACGUCUACGAGCAUCUUGACGAGUCGGUCAACGUCACAGCAGGCAUAGGGAAGGCCCCUAAAGAUAAGAUAGAUUAUCAGAGUGCAGAGAAGAUCAAAACCGCGCCCGCCGGCAACGACAUGAUUAAUGAUGACUCGGAUGAAGACCCAUCAGGGCCAUUUGACAGCGAUGAUUCGGACGACAUGGGCACAAAGGGGAGCUUUUCCAGAAGAUCUCGAUCGGCAUCCAAGACCAAUGGAGCCCGACCAACCAAGAUGCGCGCGCAUCUCCUAUUACUAGCAGAAAGCAAGCACCGCUUCGUUCGCCACUGCGGAACACAAGGCCGCGGGCAAUGGACAGUGGACUUCGACCAGGUUAUGGAGCGCCUUCGAGAGACGGAACUAGAUGCCUCCAUCGAGCAAUCCUUUGGCAGACAUGGACUCCGCCUUACCCGCAUCCUCCGAGAAAAAGGCAAACUGGAUGAAAAGAUGCUGCCUUCUGCGGCGCUGAUGAAGAAGACGGACGUGCAGGCCAAGAUGCUUGCCAUGCAGAUGGCUGGUCUGGUAGACGUGCAAGAAGUCCCCAAGGACAACACAAGAGUGGCCAACAGGACGCUCUUUUUCUGGUUCUUUGACCGGGAACGAAGCCAGGCGCAGAUCCUGGAUGACUUGUACAAGGCAAUGGUUCGCGCUCUGCAGACACUGCAGGUGGAGAGACACAGGGAGCGGAACAUUCUGUCCUUUGUCGAGAGAAAGGACGUCAUGGGAAAGGAGGAAGAGAAUAAGCUUCUUGGACAAGUUAUGAGACUGGACGAGAUGGUGUCGAUAUUCCGGGAAUACUAA